CUUAGGCCGGGUUCCCACUAUGCCGGACCGGCAGAUCUGCCGGAAACCGGACACCGGACAGAGUGUUCACAUUUAAAGCACCUCAGUUGAAUUUGGACCUGUGCCCACAAUGGACGACGAAAUUGUUGUGUUGUGGUGGUGGUGGUACAGAAGGCAAAAUAAAAGAAGAAAGUAUUGGGUACAUCCUAUUUUACGGGAAAGAUUUACACUAGGGACAUUUGAAACAUUGAUGGGUGAACUUAGAAGUGACGGAUCAAAGUUCUUCAAUUAUUUUCGAAUGACAACAACCACUUUUGACGAUUUACUGGGACGACUUUCACCAGGCAUAAGAGUACGAAAUACAAGUUUUAGAGAAUGUAUUUGCCCAGAACAAAGAUUGGCCAUUUGUUUAAGAUAUUUAGCUUCAGGAUGUUCAUUCAAAGAAAUACAUUACUCAUACAGAGUAGGCGUUUCGACAAUAAGUAAAAUAAUAAAAGAAAUGAGCAACGUCAUUUGGGAAAGCCUACAGACAGAUUUUCUUAAGCUGCCUGAUACUGAGAGAGAAUGGGAGGACAUCGCUUUAAGAUUCGAAAGAAAAGCCAACUUUCCUCACUGUAUUGGAGCAGUAGAUGGCAAACAUAUUAGAAUUUUGAAGCCAGCCAAGAGUGGUUCUAUGUUCUUUAAUUACAAGGAAUAUUAUUCUUUUGUAUUAAUGGCAAUUGUCGAUUCAGAGUACCGAUUUAUUUUUAUCAGUGUGGGCUCGUAUGGCAAGGAAUGCGAUUCCACUAUAUUAAAGGAUAGUAUAUUUUGGAAAAAAAUCAAUGAUGGUACUUUAAAUGUACCAAAGCCUCGACCACUUCAUACAAACAUGCACGAGGAAUUACCGUUUAUACUAGUUGGCGAUGAAGGCUUUGCUUUAACACCUAAUCUCCUACGUCCAUAUGGAGGUACACAUUUGAAUAAUGAUAAAAAGAUUUUUAACUAUAGAUUAAGUCGAGCACGAAGGUACGUUGAGUGCGCUUUUGGUAUUCUAGCAAAUAAGUGGCGAAUACUCCAUCGGCCUAUAGAUCUGAACGUAGACACAGCAAUUAAAGUAAUUAAAGCUUGUACAGUCUUACAUAAUUUUGUUAGAGAAAAAGACGGUAUAAAUUUUGAAAGUUACCAAAAUAUAGAAAAUGGACAAGAACAAGAAACGAGACCCGUGGAUCGAAAUGGGUCGACUCGAGGUGGCCCUAAUGCCAAUGCUAUACGGACAGCAUUUACUAAUUAUUUUGUUUCGGAUAUUGGUUCCGUUCCGUGGCAGGCAGCAGCUAUAAAUUAAAAUUUGUGAAUGCAUUUUUAUCAAUAAAAAUAUUUAAAAAACUCA